CCCUUACAGUACAGAGGAUAAAUGGGAAUAGCACAGUUCCUCACUUCACUCAACCAAUCCUCUCCCUCACCAUCACAAGUCCUCUUCUUCAUCCAACCCAAGAAUCCUCCUCUUCAUCAAACUCAGGAACCGAAGAGUCCUUCUCUUUUCUAGGAGGUGAAAGUUUAUCUCUAGUGUAAUAAAUAGGAUGUCUGAUUCAAAUGCGGAACCUUCGUCUAGUUCUGAGUUCUUCGACGCUUCGACUGGCGAAGAAGUUGAAAAGAAAGGUACAAAACAGAAGGGAGCUAUUGAUCUGAUAGACGUUGCGAAUAAUCUUCGAACCAAACUUGCGGCCUGUGGUCAUAGUCUUAAUAAUGUGUCUCUACCGCAAAUUGUCGUCGUUGGUGGUCAGAGCAGUGGCAAGAGCAGCACCGUUGAAAGCUUCGUCGCAAGACAGUUUUUACCUCGGGGAACUGGUACUGUUACCAGAAGACCAACCAUCAUACAGAUGACCCCAAAUCAACAUGAAGAGUAUGUAGUGUUUUCUCACAAGCCAGAAGUCCGAUUUACUGACUUCAAGAAAGUAAGAGAGGAGAUUGAAACAGAGACUCGAAGGUAUCCAGGACCUACUGGAUUCACGUCAGAUCCCAUAAUCAUGCAAAUAUACUCUCCACGAGUUUUAAAAUUAACUGUAGUGGAUUUGCCUGGUUUGAUCAAGAACGUUCCAGACGGGGAUGACCGUAGUAACAUCCAGGAAGUACGAAAGAUGGUCCUGAAAUACAUUGAGCCCAAGGAAGCGCUCAUUCUUGCCAUCAUUCCUGCCACUCAGGAUUUUCUAACUUGUGAUUCCCUUGAAAUAGCAAGGGAAGCGGAUCCUAAGAGGGAAAGGACCAUUGGAGUUGUAACUAAACUUGAUAGACCUAAUGAUGGAGAUUACAAGAGUGUUUUGGAAAAUAGAAAAAUAUAUCUACAGAAAGGAUAUGUUGGUGUGGUGAAUAGAAAUGACACUGAAGACGAAAUAGACUUGGAGGACAUACUUCAGAACGAGAGAGCAUUUUUUGAAAAUCACCCAGCUUUCAAGAGCCUUAAACAUAAAAUGGGUAUUCCUUAUCUGAUUCAAAUGCUACAAAAAACUUUGAGGACACAUAUACAGCAGUUUUUGCCGCAGCUGAGGACAGAUAUAUCUCUGAAACUUGUCGAACAUCAAAAAGAGCUGAAAAACUUCGAAACUAGAAUGGGAGAUAGCAUAGGUGGUGGCAAACCACUGGGCAAGCAGUCCUAUGUUAUCAGCAGGCAUUGCUAUACCUAGUCUUUCUCUGGAUGCAAUGAACAACAUUUUAUUACAACAGUACAAAGUUCCCAUGGCGCAGUCUGUUACUUGUAUUAAAGAAGUAUUGAAGGCAGCAAUUGCAGAAGUCUCAAAGUCUUUGGACCGAUACUCAUCGUUGCGAAAUGAUGUGGUUUACCUAAUCGAAGCUGCCAUAGAAAAGGAAGCGGAUAAUUGUAAAGAGAUACUUCUGAACCACAUAGACUCCAAUAUGUACCACAUUAACUACCACCAUCCUGAUGCUGACUAUACUGUGUGUAAUAAUGCGGCUCCUCCUGCUGGCCCAGUCAAACUUUGGGAGAACUCAACAGCGAUUGAAGAAGAAACUGUGGAGAAUACAGAAGGUGUUGCAAUUGGCUGCACUAUGCCUUCCACGGAAACUUUAGUGGCUGCCUUGAAAGCUAAUGAAAGUAAUCAAAAGAACGUUCACUAUGCUUCAGCAUUGUUGAUGAAGAAUCUUGAGCCUGUACAGAAACAAAUGGAGGACGUUGCUAUGAAAUAUAUAAUCUAUAAUCUAGUGAAAAAGGUAUUGGAUUUCAUUAAAAAAGAUCUAUUGACUACACUCUUAGAAUCUACUAAUUUCAGUAAACUUAUUCAAGAUUGUGAAGCAGACUUCUGCUGGAAAGAACAAACUGAAACUACCUGCAGAAUAUUGCAAGAAGCACUUGAUGCUAUACAAGACUUCUGAAACAAUUAUUUCCCCUAGAGGAUUUCAUCUCUUAACUUAAUCAUUCAGCUGUAUGAGUUUGCAGCACUUGUUCUAAUCAAAGCUAUCAUUAUAUAUUUUUUCAUACGACUCUUGUGCCUAUUUUGUAUUUUUUCACUUUAAAAUAUUUGAGUGCUUUUGUAAAAUAGCAAUAAAAUGUUAUAGUUAUUUA